AUGGAAGCAGGCCUAAAACUCUCUAAUUCUCUGGUCGAAGAUGAAGAUAACUCCUCGAGCAACGACAACUCAAACAAAAACACGAACUCUGGGACUGAGAAGGGCGCUAUAGUUGGAGGGACCAUUGCUGCCGGAAUCAUCCUUGGGGUGACAGUGUUCAUAUGUGUUCUCAUCUAUAAACAAUACCGUUUCCGACGACAGCCUGCCGAUGGCCAACUUAACGGCACAAAAUCCUCACCAAGUAAGAGCUUAAGGCCCGGAACAACCCCUGGCAGCUCGGCGUAUCGUUCUUGGCACCACACAUUCAACCACCGGUUAUCAAUCCCAGAUUCAGUAUCCAUCUACUCACAGCGAUCGUAUGGGAGCUCUCCUUUUGCUGCCCAGGUUGGGAUGGUCCCGACUCGAUCGAUCCCGCCACCUACAAUACCACAGAAAGCUGCUCAGAUGCUGGGAGUUGAAGGGGUUCAUGCUUUGGGAUCAACGACUCCCUCGGAAAUAUCGCCUCUGCCAUCACCACGUUUGCCGAAUUCGCCUUUGGCCAAGCACUUCAUCGCGUGGAAUCCUUUGGCUCAGAACCCUCCACAGCAACAUCCUUCACCCCAUGCUCCAUCGACACAAGGCUCUUUUCCACCCACUCCAGGGUCGGUUGCCAGAAACAAUUCCGAUUCGUCAUCAGACUGCCGAACUCGAGGCCGAACUUCAUCCAACUGCACAAUGAGCACCCUCGGCAGAGAACUACUUCAUGAUGUGAUGAAGCCCUUACCUCCAACCAAGUUCAACCCGCCUUCUGAAAUGACGGUUUUGCCUCGUCCCCCAUCACCCAUCUCCAAAACCACGAAGCCUCCGCCUGUAUCAAUGAACAACAUGAAGGGCCAGAAGCGGGCAUCGAGCAGGCGGUACUUUGUUCCCUUGUUCAAGAAGAAUGGACAACUGCCGAGUCCAACAUCACCAGACGUAACCCUCGCUACUGGGUCAGACAUACAGGAGGAAGGUGACGUUAAUGCGAAGGCGGAGGCAGAGACGGUUUUGAGGGAUUCAUCAAGGGCGGGCCUGUUCUCACUCGACGAGAAUAAAAUAUGA